CAAAAAUGUGGCAAAAGAUCCUUUGGAGUCGCUAUUUUUGAUAUGCAAAAUAUGUCAAUACUUCAAUAUGUUAAUCCAAUGGCACCGAUUAAUCGAAUAUUUGAAGCUCGAGUCAAUGUAUUAAUGUCCUAUUAUUCUGAGGUUGUUAAAAAUAUUGUUAUCGUUAACCCUCCAAGGGUUUUGAAUGUUUUAAUGAAGAUAAUUUCGUUAAUUUUGCCAGCCAAAGUAAUUAACAGAAUCCAUAUAGCUGUCCAACAUUCUGAUAUACCCAAAUGGAUAUCUAAUGAUUCUAUUCCUGUAGGUUAUGGAGGAUUAAAAAUUAUUAAGGAUGCUGAAGUGCCUGAAACUGGGUGUAAUUUACAAAAAGAAUUGGGGAAUGAUGAUUUUAGAGUAAAUUGUUUUGUUUAA